AUGCCCAAGAUGUCCUGGUAUUUGCUUUCUUAUUCGGUGCUUCUGCUGCUGUUUGUGCUCUUGACAUGCUGUGGCAGUCAAGCUGCGGGGAGUAUCCCAGGGACGGCUAUUAAUUUAUUUACAGGGACGACACCGAUAACUGGUGCCAAGUGGGAGGAAAUGCAAUGCGUCGAAGGGUCAUUUCGCUCGCUUCGUGUCCCCAGCCUUGUGGAGGUGGACGGUGCUGUGUUUGCCGUUGCUGAGGCCCAGUGCAAGAAUGGAGUUAACAGCUUCACUGGCAUCAUGUCGCGGCACCUGAAGGGAAUUGGAUCAAAACCGACUGAAAUUCCGAUGGGUGCGGGCACAGGUUCCUUUCACACGCAGCUUCUGAAGGAAGGUGACAAGGGAAUGAAGGAUACAAUGCGGCCAACGACAAUUGUGAGUGGCAACAAUGUCUAUGUACUGCUGAGAAGCUGCAGCCGUGCAACACAGGAGACCAGAGAGGCUGAUCGAAGUGGAUGUAAGCUUUUGCUGGUGAAGGGGAGUGUCACUGAGGCUGGAGAGAAGAAAGUCCGGUGGGGUGAGACCCAUGCAAUGUAUCCUGACACUAGAGUUCGUGGAUCCUUGACUCAUUUAUCUGCUGGCGGAGGAUCAGGUACUGUGAUGAGUGACGGCACAGUUGUGUUUCCCAUGCAGGCCACAAAGAGUGGAAAUAACGUUUUGCUGGUCGUGCGCUUCACCCCGAUAUGGAAUAGAUGGACACCUGUAGUCGAUACGGAGGGUGAGGGUUGCCACAAUCCAUCGAUUGUGGAGUGGGGCGCACUCGAUGACCGACGCAUCUUCAUGAGUGCUCCCUGCACGGAUGGCUCCUAUUACAUGUACAAGUCUUUGGUAUCUUUUGAUUAUUGGUCUGACGGUACAGCAAUUUCCCGCGUGUGGGGAAACUCACAUGAUCGAAAAGGGGAGGGCGUGCGAAGCGGGUUCAUCACUGCAACCAUUGAUGGAAAGAAGGUGAUGCUGCUUACCAUGCCGGUGUAUUCUGAGAAGGGAGAGGGUCGGCUGCAUCUUUGGGUGACAGACAAUGCCCGUGUGCACGACGUUGGGCCGGUGUCUCGCGAAGGUGAUGACGCCGCCGCCAGCUCCCUGCUGUACAGAGCUGACAAGAAGGAGUUGAUUUUACUGUACGAGAAGAAGAGCGGAGAUUCAUACAGUCUUGUCGCCGUGAACCUGACUGAGCAGCUGGAGCGGAUAAAGAGCAUGGUGAAGGCUUGGAAAGAUAUGGACACCGCACUAAAAAACUGCCUUUCCACUGGCACUGUUGACCCGCGGAUAAAGAAUGUUUGUAAAAGUGCUGUUCCCACCAAAGGGCUGGCUGGCUUUUGGUCCAACAGUUUGGAGGGGAAUUUAUGGAAGGACGAAUACCUUGGAGUGAACGCAACGGUGCAUGGUGGGAAUGUGGCAGGCACGGAGGGGGUUGUGAGGUUCCGAGGCGCAGCAGCGGGGGCGGAGUGGCCGGUGGGCAGCAAGGGGCAAUUCCAGCCGUACUACUUUGUGAACAAUGACUUUACUCUUGUGGCGACGGUGAUGAUUAACGCGGUGUCGGAGGCAGACACCCCUUUGAUGGGUGUGAGGAUGAACGACGAUGCCAGCACUGUGCUUGUUGGUCUGUUCUACACGGAGGACAAUAAGUGGGGAGUGACUGUCAACGGAAAGUCUCGGGAGUUGCCAGAUAAAGAUGGUAUGUGGUGGCCUGGCACAACGUAUCAAGUGGUACUGAAAAAGCAGUCGCGUAAUUUCUGGGUGUACAUUGACGGGAAUAAGAUUGUUGAAGAGGAUGAUGUGCGCCCUGCGUCCACAUCACGCGGUGUCUUGGACUUCUACGUUGGCGGCGACGGUGCGAAGGGGGCAGGCGAGGUUGACGUGGCUGUGGGCAAUGUCCUGCUGUACAACGAGGCACUUCAUGCUGAUAGGCUCACGAGCCUCAGUGCCAGCAAAGUCACACUUCCAACACCGGCUGCUGAGGGACCACUCACAACGCUGGGGAAUGAUGGGGAGAUUGCCUCCAAGCUGAAACCUGGAGAAAAGAGGGUUGGUGACGGUUUGGGUCCUAAAGGGCCUCUACCAGAGGAGGCCCAUAAAGGCAGUCACAGUGCUGCUGAGGAGUCGGGGUCUUCGCCGGCUUCCUCAUCGCCGGCUUCCUCAUCGCCGGCUUCCUCAUCGCCGGCUUCCUCAUCGCCGGCUUCCUCAUCGCCAGCUUCCUCAUCGCCAGCUUCCUCAUCGCCAGCUUCCUCAUCGCCAGCUUCCUCAUCGCCAGCUUCCUCAUCGCCAGCUUCCUCAUCGCCAGCUUCCUCAUCGCCAGCUUCC